AUGUACCACGUUUUCCCAUCGGUUCUCCCCUCCUCCUGUAUCCUUUUCUCCUCUCCCGCUCAUGCCUCGCCAUUGCAGCACGUCAACGGCGCGGCAGCGUCUUCCGAUGACGUGGCGGCGUAUAAGCGAAAACACGAGAUUACCGUCGUGGGAUCGAACAUACCGCCGUUUCUAACCUUCGAGUCUGCUAACUUCCCUUCUGACCUCUACCGCGAGCUCAAGGCGGCGGGAUUCCCCACGCCCACGCCGAUCCAGGCGCAGUCGUGGCCCAUAGCGCUCUCAGGCUCGGACGUGGUUGCCGUGGCUAAGACAGGCUCGGGGAAGACGAUCGGGUACCUGCUGCCGGGGUUUGUGCACCUGCAGGAGCGGCGCAACAACAGCCGCCAGGGGCCGACGGUGCUGGUGCUGGCGCCCACGCGCGAGCUGGCUACGCAGAUCCACGCGGAGGCGGUCAAGUUCGGACGGUCGUCGCGCAUCAGCAGCACGUGCGUGUACGGCGGCGCGCCCAAGAACCCCCAGCUGCGCGAGCUGCAGUACGGGGCGGACAUUGUGAUCGCCACGCCAGGCCGCCUCAACGACUUCCUCGAAGCCAACCAGAUCAGCCUGCGCCAGGUGUCCUACCUGGUGUUGGACGAAGCCGAUCGCAUGCUGGACAUGGGGUUCGAGCCGCAGAUCCGCAAGAUAGUGGCGCGCGUGCCCGGGCGGCACCAGACGCUCAUGUACACGGCCACGUGGCCGCGCGAGGUGCGGCGCAUCGCAGAGGACCUGCUCACCUCGCCCGUGCACGUCACCAUCGGCAGCACCGACCAGCUCGUGGCUAACAAGUCCAUUACUCAGAUCAUCGAGCUGCCAGCGCCGUACGAGAAGCAGCGCCGGCUGGAGCAGAUCCUGCGUUCCCUCCCACGGGGCUCCAAGGCCAUAGUGUUCUGCUCCACCAAGCGCAUGUGCGACCAGCUCGCACGCUCCCUCGAUCGCGGCUUCGGUGCGGCAGCCAUCCACGGAGACAAGUCCCAGCCCGAGCGCGACCACACUCUGGCCCAGUUCCGCUCCGGCGCCAUGCCGACUCUUGUCGCUACUGACGUCGCCGCGCGCGGGCUCGACGUGAAGGACAUUCGGUGCGUGAUCAACUAUGAUUUUCCCACGGGUGUGGAGGAUUAUGUUCACCGGAUUGGGCGGACGGGCCGGGCUGGGGCGACGGGGACGGCGUACACGUUUUUCGGGCCGCAGGACGGGAAGUAUGCGAGGGAGUUGAUCAAGGUGUUGGAAGGGGCGGCGCAGGAGGAGGAGGAGGAGGAGGAGGAGGAGGAGGAGGAGGAGGAGGAGGAGGAGGAGGAGGAGGAGGAGGGGGGGGCCGAUGGGGAGGGGUUGGAGGAGGGGGAGGAGGAGGAGGAGGAAGGGGAGGGAGCGACGAUCAUGGUCGUGGAGGGGGGAGGGCUGUGGGAGCGUAUGGCAGCAGCGGCAGGGAUCAGGACAAGGACGGGUACCGAGGCCGAUCACCCCCAGGCAGGGACCGUGGGGGCAGCGGGCGGCAUGACGACAGGGACCGGGAUCGGGACCGUGAUCGCGACGCUGAUCGCUUCCCCAGCAGGAGAACCCGUAGCCGCAGCCGCAGCCCCAGCCGUACCCGCGGGCGCAGCAGGAGCAGGAGCCGCAGCAGGAGCCCUCGGAGAAAAAGCAGGGAGACGGCUCGCCGAGGCUCUCGCAGCCGCAGCCGAUCCCGCUCCCCCCGCCGCCGCACCAGGAGCAAGUCCCGCACGCCGCCCAGCAGAAGCCGCCGCAGCAGCCGCAGCCCGCCGCCCGCCCGUAAGCGCCACAGCCGUAGCCGCAGCAAGAGCAGGAGCCCGGAGGCCCGGCGGCGCCGAACCUACAGCCGGAGCAAGUCCCCUGGUGGGAAGCAUCGCAGCCCGCUGGAAGUACGGUUUAUUGGCAUGGAUUGAACUGGGGUUGAACCGACACGUGGUGGCUUGCUGGCCGUCACCCGCAGCGCCACCGCCGGUGCGUCGCUCUUCGCUGUCCCAUGCCCUCGGGACCGCCGCGCCACCUCCCGCGCCUUCCGCCGAGUUUGCGCCUGCUGCUACCCCCGCCGGCGCCAGCGCCGCUGCCGCCUCUUCCAAAUUGUCGCGCAAGUCUGGUCGGUGGGACUUCUUUCGCUGGGCUGACGAGGAAGAGGACGAGUUGAAUGAGGCGGAGGAGGUUGACAGGGAGGGGGAGGAAGCGGAGGAGGAAGGGGAAAACGAACGGGCGGCGGUGGAAGCGAAGGAGGAGUAUGAAGACUUUCUAUGCGCGAAUCCCGCCGCCAUUCGCGGCAGCGAGCUGCGAUGGGGUCGCGAGAGCGAGCGCAUGAGCGCCAGUUUCAGCGGCGCCGAUCGCGGCGGCAGCAGGAUGGCGGUGACUGCGACUCGAAGCGACAGCAGCGCAGCCGUCGGCGGAGCCAUUUGCGGCGUCGAUCUCGGCGGUGCGCACAGCGGUGCUGGUGAGAUGUACGGUUCGAACUGCCGGGACCGUGCCCCAUUACCUUGUCUCUCCACCUCCAUGGCCACCGCCACAAACACUGUCACCACCGCCACCGCCGCCGGCGCCGGCGACGCCUCCACUGCUGCUCCCUUCUUUCCUCGUCACGCGUCCUGCCCGUCGUCUCCGUCGCACAAGGCGCUGCCCGAAGCCCUGCCCGAGGCGCGGCCCGUGAUCGCGCCGAGCUCUGUUGCGGGGAGCACAGCAGGCGCACCCAUCCUAGGGCGCUUAUAUGGUGACGGAGGGAUUUCGCAACGGCGGAGCGACCAACGCGAUCAACGCGACCGUUGCGACUCGUCCCCGCAUCCGCAGUUCGGUGAAGGUCGUUCCCUGCCUGAUUCCUCCUCCGCGCUCUGCGCUUCCGCCGUUCCUUCCGCUUCGGCCCGCGUCCCUGCCGUGUCGCUGGCUCUAGCGGAGCCAUAUACCCUAGUGGAGUUUCCCGCGAGGGGGACGCGCGGAAGCAGCGCGGCCGCGCCUCCCCCCGUCUCUCCGCCCGUCCGCCCACCCGUCUUUGCCCUCCUCUCCGCCGCGCGCGCGGGGUUGGCGGCGGGCGCGCAGCCGGCCUCCGCGCACGGGGGCCUGGGCGGAGCGUACAUCUUCCGCGACGAGUCUUGCGCCAACCUCGCGAUCGUGAAACCCGCGGACGAAGAGCCGCUAGCGCCCAACAACCCCAACGGGUAUGUGGGGCGCGCUCUGGGGCAGCCGGGGCUGAAGCGGAGCAUUCGCGUGGGGGAGGCGGCGGGGCGGGAGGUGGCGGCGUACGUGCUGGACCAUGGCGGAUUCGCGGGCGUGCCGUGCACCGCGCUCGUGUGGGCCGCGCACCCCGUGUUCCACGUCAAUGCUCCGCCGCCCCCGCCGCCACCGCCGCCGCCGCAGCAGCAGCUGCAGUGGGGGCACCAGCAGCAGCGGGGGCAGCGGGAGCCGGCGCAGGCGCAGCGAGAGGGGGAGCAGGCGGCGGCGGCGGCGGCGGCGGCGGGCGCGGCGGAAGCGGGCGCGCAGUUGCGGCUGUGUUCGAUGCAGCGGUUCGAGGAGCACGACUUCGACGCGAGCGAGCACGGCACGUCGCGCUUCCCCGUGGGCGCAGUGCACCGCAUGGGCAUUCUCGACGUGCGCCUUCUCAACACGGACCGCCACUCGGGGAACAUCCUCGUUAAGCGCCUCGGCGGCGGCUCGGAGGGCGAGGAGCAGCGCGGGGGGAGGAGGAGCAGUUCCGCGCACGCGCACGCGCUCCUGCGCGCGGAGGAUGACGUGCGGCUGAUCCCCAUCGACCACGGGUUCUGCCUGCCUGAAACGCUGGAAUCCGCUUAUUUCGAGUGGCUGCACUGGCCGCAGGCGUCGCUGCCCUUCUCCCCCGACGAGCUCGAGUACAUAGCCGCGCUGGACGCCGCGCGGGACGCGCAGCUGCUGCGCGCGCACCUCCCCGCCAUCCGCGCGGGCUGCCUGCGCGUGCUCGCGGUCACCACGACGCUGCUGCAGCGCGCGGCGGCCGCGGGAAUGACUCUGGCGGGGAUAGGCGCGCUGAUGACGCGCGAGGUGCAGGGGCGGGAGGAGCGCCCGAGUGACCUGGAGGUGGCGUGCUGGGAGGCGCUACAGGCGGUGGCGCAAGGGGGAUACGGGGAAGGGGAAGGGGAAACGGUAGGGGAAGGGGAAGGGGAAGGUGUGGGGGAGUGGGAGAGGGAGGGGGAGGCGGACGGGUUUUGGAGGGUGGAGAGUGAGGGUGACAAUGGGGUGGAGGGGGGGAUUGCUGAGGAAAGGGACGAAGAUGAGGAGGGGAGUGAGGAGGGGAGUGAGGAGGGGAGUGAGGAGGGGAGUGAGGAGGGGAGUGAGGAGGGGAGUGAGGAGGGGAGUGAGGAGGGGAGUGAGGAGGGGAGUGAGGAGGGGAGUGAGGAGGGGAGUGAGGAGGGGAGUGAGGAGGGGAGUGAGGAGGGGAGUGAGGAGGGGAGUGAGGAGGGGAGUGAGGAGGGGAGUGAGGAGGGGAGUGAGGAGGGGAGUGAGGAGGGGAGUGAGGAGGGGAGUGAGGAGGGGAGUGAGGAGGGGAGUGAGGAGGGGAGUGAGGAGGGGAGUGAGGAGGGGAGUGAGGAGGGGAGUGAGGAGGGGAGUGAGGAGGGGAGUGAGGAGGGGAGUGAGGAGGGGAGUGAGGAGGGGAGUGAGGAGGGGAGUGAGGAGGGGAGUGAGGAGGGGAGUGAGGAGGGGAGUGAGGAGGGGAGUGAGGAGGGGAGUGAGGAGGGGAGUGAGGAGGGGAGUGAGGAGGGGAGUGAGGAGGGGAGUGAGGAGGGGAGUGAGGAGGGGAGUGAGGAGGGGAGUGAGGAGGGGAGUGAGGAGGGGAGUGAGGAGGGGAGUGAGGAGGGGAGUGAGGAGGGGAGUGAGGAGGGGAGUGAGGAGGGGAGUGAGGAGGGGAGUGAGGAGGGGAGUGAGGAGGGGAGUGAGGAGGGGAGUGAGGAGGGGAGUGAGGAGGGGAGUGAGGAGGGGAGUGAGGAGGGGAGUGAGGAGGGGAGUGAGGAGGGGAGUGAGGAGGGGAGUGAGGAGGGGAGUGAGGAGGGGAGUGAGGAGGGGAGUGAGGAGGGGAGUGAGGAGGGGAGUGAGGAGGGGAGUGAGGAGGGGAGUGAGGAGGGGAGUGAGGAGGGGAGUGAGGAGGGGAGUGAUGAAGGAGAGGAUGCAUGGGAGUGCCCUAGUUGGGCUGUGGGCGGUGGUGCCUAUGCUGCUGCUUCUGCCAGUGGUGCUGGUGCUGGGGAAGACACCAGCACAUGUGCUGCUCCCAGAUGGCGAUGGGCGGACGCUGCAGAUGAGGAGGACGAGGAGGAGGAUUCGGCUGAUGGCUGUGCUACUGCUGGUGCUGCUGCUGCCGCUGGUGCUGCUGCUAGCGGUGCUGCUGCUGAUGCGGAUGCGGAUGUGAGGAGUCCCCAUGGAGAGCAGUUUCACUUUGACGAUGAGCCUGACUUCCUGCAACACCCCUCCUCCUCCACCAGUGCCGCUGCAACCGCCACCCCCACCACCACCAGCACAGGCACCACCACCCCUGUGGCCACCGCCACCACCACCACGGCUGCUGCUCUCACGGCACCCACCUCUUCCCUUCCUCGCUCCGCAUCCCUCCGUUCCCUGGACCCUGCUCUCCCCAUGUCACCACCGUGCACAAGCGCACCACUGCUCGACAUCCUCCCGCUGUCGUCUCUGCCGUCUCUCCCUGCGUUCCCGUCCGCCCUUUCGUCUCUCCCGGCGCUCGAGCUCUCGCCGUACCUCUCGCCGCUCUCCCUGGCCGCGCCUGGCGGUAGCUGUGACUCGCUGCUGCUGGUUGCUCACGCCGAUGCCACUGCAGCAGCAGGGGAUGUGCACCUAGGGUCGCUUGGGCACGCGCAGGGCCAGGGGCAGCAGGAGCAGGUUCUGUCGCUGUCUGCUUCUUUCCCUGCCCUGCCUGCAACGGCGGACUAUCCUGGCUGUGUUGCUGCUGGCACGGGUUUUGAUAGUGCACUCAGGGGAUGGAACAUCAGCAGUGGCAGCAGCAGUAGCAGCAGCAGUGGCUGUGGCGGUGGUGGGGUGAAUAAUGCACCCUGCUUCUCCCUGCUCGCCGCCCCUAUCCUGGCCUCUUCUGAUACCAAUUCAGCUCUCAAGUCACCUCCUCUGCUUCACUCAUCCUCCUCCUCUUCUUCGUCCUUGUAUCUCAACAGCAGCAGCAGUGUCGCUACGCCUCCCACCACUUCCUCUUCCUCUCACAUUCCCACCUCGCGCACCCCCCUCUCCUCCUCUUUCUCCUCCUCCUAUGCUCCCCCGCCUCGCCUGGCCUCCAAAGCUCUGUACCGGCGACCAGUAGGGCAGAUGCAAGGAGCAGGUAAGGCGGGAGGCGGGGAGGGGGGCCCUCUGGAGGAAUGGCAGGAGGAGGAGGAGGAGGAGGAGGAGGAGGAGGAGGAGGAGGAGGAGGAGGAGGAGGAGGAGGAGGAGGAGGAGGAGGAGGAGGGAGGUCGGUGGGAGCAGGGGCAUGGAUGGCAGCAGCAGGAGCAGGCGGACGAGCAGCAGGAGGAGCGGCAGCAGGGGGAACAGCAGGGGGAGCAGGAGGAGCGAGGGAGGAAGGGCCUGGGGAGUGGGUGGAUCUGGGGGAGGUGA